AAAUAUAUUUAAUAGAUUAAAAAAAAAAAAAACCUUUUUAUUUCGCUCAUAAAAAGUUAUAAAUGUAAACGAUUUUAUAUUUACGUUUCACAAAGGCCGUACGAUUGGCUAUAAUUAUUCCCGAAAGUCAGUUUUAUCAGCACCCCCGUCGUUGAUUUUGGAAUACUCAGAUACAUUUAUACAGAGAAUGAUUGUUAGAAGAAAUUCAUAAAUGAAUGUAGUAUGGUUACUUGAUUUGAACGAUAUCUACAGAGGCAAUCAACAUAAUGACUUGUUUGAUAGAUCCUCUUUCACACCAGCCAAUAGUAUUUUGUAUCGGUGGUAUUAUGCUCACGUCGGUAAUCUAACAAGUGAGGUUCACAUCGGUACUCGGACUGCAGUGCAAAUAUGUCUGAUAAUUAUAAUGGAUUGUUGGUGGAGGUGGUGGUGGUUAAUUUGGUUCGUGCGGCGUCACCUGAGCCAUUUUCCGGGUGACAGUGAUAGCAACAUCGGUUUACCAUAGUCUUCAAAUGGAAGUAAACGGGGAAGGCAAACUGACGUGUGACGUCAAUAAAAUCGAUUCACUUGUUUCCCGGGCCAGGAACCGUAAUACUAAUAUUUUCGUCCGCCAUGUUUGCCGAUAUAAGUAAUAUUAUAAAGUGAUCAAUUUGUGAAUAGCUGUAUAGACCACAGUUAACUGUGUUCUCCAUGUGUGUGCUCUGUUUGGUAUGAUUGCAUUUAGCCAUGCACUGUAGUGUUGACAGGCUGGGUAAGCUUUAGUGUGGGGAACAACAUGUGACAAGUAUAAUGGAAGUAGCAAUGGCAGGAUUAGAGGGCAAUGGGGGACCAGCUGGUUAUGGUAUGUCUCAAAGAACACAUAUUACACAUACUAAUGUUCCAAAUUCCAGGUCAUACCCAAAGAUCGGCACAGAAACUGGGGGAGAGGGAUUUGGCACCACCACCCAAGCUGGAAGCGACUACGAGUGUUGUGAACGUGUAGUGAUCAACGUUAGUGGUCUACGGUUUGAGACACAAAUCAAGACUCUGAAUCAGUUUCCGGACACCUUGCUUGGAAAUCCACACAAAAGGAACAGGUAUUAUGAUCCUCUGAGAAAUGAGUACUUUUUUGACCGAAACCGACCAAGUUUUGAUGCAAUUCUUUAUUUCUAUCAAAGUGGUGGAAGAUUGCGAAGACCGGUAAAUGUGCCUCUUGAUGUUUUUUCUGAGGAGAUCAAAUUUUAUGAACUUGGGGAAGAGACAUUUGAAAAGUAUCGUGAUGAUGAAGGAUAUAUUAAGGAGGAAGAAAAGCCUCUUCCGCAAAAUGAAUUCCAGCGUAGAGUGUGGUUAUUAUUUGAAUACCCAGAAAGUUCCACUGCGGCUCGUUUAAUUGCGAUAUUUUCUGUACUCAUAAUUCUGCUCUCCAUUGUGAUAUUUUGUUUGGAGACAUUACCGGAAUUCAAACAUUACAGAGUCGUUAAUGGCACUGAAAAUGAAACAAGUUUUGCACCUACUCAGCCUUCGAUAGAGGAGGAUGAUAUUCCGAAAUUCAAUGAACCAUUCUUCAUUAUUGAAACUUGUUGCAUAAUAUGGUUUACUUUUGAAUUACUUGUCCGAUUUGCCUCUUGUCCAGAGAAAUUGGGAUUCUUCAAGAAUAUCAUGAAUACGAUAGACAUAGUAGCUAUCAUUCCAUAUUUUAUUACCCUUGGUACUGUGAUUGCAGAUGAAAGUAAGAGUAAUAGUCAGGCAAUGUCUUUGGCUAUUUUGAGGGUGAUCAGACUUGUACGCGUUUUUAGGAUUUUUAAGUUAUCCAGACACUCAAAAGGUCUUCAAAUAUUAGGUCAAACAUUAAAAGCAAGUAUGAGGGAGCUUGGACUUCUCAUAUUCUUUUUGUUCAUUGGUGUCAUAUUGUUUUCCAGUGCUGUUUAUUUUGCAGAAGCUGAUGCAGAACAGUCACAUUUUAAAAGUAUUCCGGAUGCAUUUUGGUGGGCUGUAGUCACUAUGACAACUGUGGGGUAUGGAGAUAUGCGGCCAAUCGGUGUUUGGGGGAAACUAGUUGGAUCCCUGUGUGCAAUUGCGGGUGUUCUGACAAUUGCUUUACCUGUACCAGUCAUUGUGUCAAACUUUAACUAUUUUUAUCACAGAGAAACCGAAAAUGAUGAUAAGGGCACUUACAAUCAUGUUCAGUCUUGUCCGAAUUUUCCACCGAAAAAGGACUCCCUGGCUGAUGAUUCUGAAUGUGGGUCAGAUAUUAUGGAAAUGGAAGAAGGACACAGUUUGACACUGAAUGAUAAAACAAAAGAAAAUCACACAUGUAAGCUGAACAAUCCUUCUAACAAUAGUCUUAGUAUUGAGACUGAUGUAUGAUAGCAAAUUGGUAUGGAGAUUUAAAAAAACCAAAAACCCCCAACCCAGUUUCAUUAUUGAACGGUGUGUUUAAAAUUAUAUUGUAAGAUGUCUCUAGUUAUGUGAAAAACAUGCAUGUUUUUGUCUUGCCAUUUAUGCCAAAUCUUACAACUUGUCUAGUUCUUUGUGAUUCCAGCCCAAAGGUGUUGGAUUGAAUUCCUGAUGUGAUAAACUGAAAGAAAUUGCCAAACCCUAUUAAAAAUGGCAGUAUUGAUUAGACAUACAGACAGGCACACACACACGCACACUGGCAAUAUUCACAUUAUAUACAUUGCAGGCACACACACACACACACAAAACUGGAAAUAUUAAUUUAAAAAAAAAUUUCAGUGUACAUAUGAACAUUUUCUAAGAACUACAGGUAAAAUGUACUGAUGAUAAAACUUCACACUAUCUAUAUACAUUGCAGACACAGGCAUAAGUACAGAGGAAAAGAGGAGAAAGUAGUUUGAAUUAUCUGACAUUGUUACUACUUCACUACUUGUACAGUCGAGCGGACAACAAUAAUUUCUUUUUGCAAUUUGGUCAGUAUUGAAACUGAAAUACUUCAUAUAGCUAGCUCACACUUUUACCUAUGCACACUGACUACCUUAGUACGUACCUAUCAUGAUUUUUGCAACAGUUCUUUCUUACUUAACUAAUUAAAAUUGUUUUAGCACUGAUCUUAGUUCUAAAAAGUCCACAAAACUGUUGUAAUCAUUUAAUUUAUGCCACAGGCAAGAACAUUAAAUAAAACCCCAACAAUUUAAUGGCUAAAAGACUGGACUAUACUUGAUGGAAAAAUCAGUUGUGUUUAUAUAUACGAGUGCUGAAGGAGACAGAGAAGGAAGUUAUUGAUGUAUGUGACCAGCGUGAAAAUUUCUAGCUGUUGACUUCAAAUCAACUUGAAGAGUGAUCCAGUUAUCUCAUCUUUGCAUUCUAAUGCUGAUGCUGUUGGUGCUUCUAAGGUGGCAUGCCACUAAGUGUCUUGAAGACAACUGGAAAUGUGAAGAGACUGUUUGCCCAAAAUGUGAACGUGUUCAUUUGAGGAGAAGUACACAAUGAGACUGCUAUACGAAGUCAAUGCUUUAAGUUCCAUUACUU